GUGACAAUGUUUAGUUCCGGUAGGCAUUAAAAUUUAUUUCGAGUUGUAUCCCUUUCUUUUUGCUAUAUCCGGUCGCAAGAAUGACCAAGGGUACCUCAAGUUUUGGAAAGCGGCAUAACAAAACCCACACCUUUUGCCGCAGGUGUGGACACAGGGCCUUUCACAUUCAAAAGAAAACUUGUUCUCGAUGUGCUUAUCCAAGUCCCAAACUAAGGCACUAUAACUGGUCUAAGAAAGCCCAGAGAAGAAAGACAACUGGUACUGGAAGAAUGAGACAUCUCAAAGUUGUCUUUAGGAGAUUUAGGAAUGGUUUCCGUGAGGGCACUGUACCCAAGCCUAGGAAUAAGAUUGCAGCACCUGCUUCUUCUGCUGUUGCUACUAAAUAAAUAAACGCUGUUUAUGAAACUUU